GGCUGCACAUGGCUGGCCAUAGUCAACAUCAGAAAGAGAACUCAAGUCGCACGCCGCUAUAUUAUCACCUUCAGACUGCAGCUCACACUCCUGAGAGACCAAAAGCGAGCAAACCAGCCUGAAGUUCACUCGGCUGCAGCCUCUCUGUGCGCAGGAUCGCGGUCAUGGUCCAGAUCUGGAUUUCCUCACCACAUCAUUCCUGUUUCUGUGAUUCGCUCUGUUAGUGUGUCAGGAUGGGCUAAAAACAAUUGCUAGCACCUGCGCACCAUACACCUGGACCCUCCACAGUCUCUCCUGUGCACAGGUGGUGAGUCUCGACACCAUGCAGGGACCUCGGAGGAAGGUGAAGCUCAUGGUGAUGAUGACAAUGGUGUUCAUCUUCAUCGUGGUGGAGGUCUCUCGCAAUGCUGGGAAGGGCGACGGCAACAAAAAUAAGCAGAUGGUUCCCACGAAGCGUUUCUGGGCAAAAGAUCUCCCCAGUGUCGGCCACUGGAAUCGCCGGCAGCAACAGCUGAACUACAUCAACAAUCGCAACCUAGAAAAACUCAACUUAACAAUUGAUAAGCUUCCAGACUGGCUAAACGACACAGUCAGUCUGGACUCCUGUGAGCCGGACUUCAGGAUGACCACCCAAGUCAAGGAUUACAACUCGCUACCUGAUCGCUUCAAGGACUUUCUGCUUUACAUGCGCUGCAGGUCCUAUCCCAUCGUGGUGGAUCAGCCAAACAUAUGCAAAGACCCACCAUUUCUCCUCCUAGCUAUUAAAUCUUUAGUCCCACACUUUGAUCGACGUCAGGCCAUCCGUGAGUCUUGGGGAAAAGCUGGCCGCCUUGCAAACAGAACGGUUGUUACGGUGUUUCUUCUUGGAAAUGCAGCCACUGAGGACCACUUUCCUGAUCUCUCAAAGAUGCUUCUCCAUGAGAGCGCCAUACAUGGAGAUAUUCUUCAAUGGGACUAUAGGGACACCUUCUUCAACCUCACCAUCAAGGAAGUGCUUUUCCUGGAAUGGCUGAACACCCGCUGUCCUGGAGUCAGUUACGUCUUCAAGGGCGAUGACGAUGUUUUUGUUAACACCAUCCGCAUUAUAGACUAUCUAAGCAAUCUUUCUCAUGCCAAAGCCAAGGAACUGUUUGUAGGAGAUGUGAUUACCAACGCUGGUCCACACCGGGACAAAAAGGUCAAGUAUUUUAUCCCCGAAAGCAUGUUCGUUGGAACGUACCCUGCUUAUGCGGGUGGGGGUGGUUAUUUGUUCUCGGGACAGCUGGUCCCGAAACUUCACAACGUCUCGAGGUUGGUGCCUCUCUACCCCAUUGAUGAUGUCUACACAGGUAUGUGCCUUAAGAAACUGGGCCUUGCUCCUGAGAAGCACAAAGGCUUCAGGACCUUUGAUAUCGAGGAGAAAUAUCGCAGUAAUGCCUGUGCCUAUAAGAGCCUGAUGCUGGUCCAUCCCAGAAGUCCUCAACAUAUGAUUAAAAUCUGGGCCUGGCUGAAUGACCCAGCCUUGAACUGUCAGUGAACUGCUGAUCCAGGUUUUUGGCUGCUUUAAAGGGAUAGUUCAGCCAAAAAUGCUAAUUCUGUCAUCAUUUACACACCCUCAUGACAUGAUUGACUUUUGUUUGUUUGACCAGAAAAACACUGUGAUUUUAUUAUUUUUAUUUUUUUUCAAUGGGAUCCCGUUUUUUUUUUUUGGUCCCCAUUGGCUUUCAUUAUAUGGACAUUUUUGGUUUUUUGUAGUUUGGAACAACAUGAGAUUUGAGUAAAUGAUGACCAAAUUGUCAUUUUUGGCUGAACUAGCUCUUUAACAUUUUACCAUUGUUCUAAUGUGAUUUUAUUUAGCAUCUUUAUGUACUUCAUUUCAUAUCAAAGGUCGGAAGCGAUGAUGAGCUCUUUAGAUGUGCAUACAUUUCAAAUGUAGCUCUAAAUUGCUACCCAUAUAGUAUUCCUAUUGCUGGACUUUUUGGGUCAACAAAUUCUGCUGAUAAUGUUACAAGUAUUUAUACAGUGCUCUGUGGUUGUGAGAUCAGCGGUGCUGAGGAUUGUGGGAAAUGUAGUUCAGCUGGUCUGAACAUGGCACAGACUAUACAUAGCACACCUGAGCAUAUAUGUUGAUCAUGUUGAUAAAAUAUGCUCUCUCUUUCUGUAGGAGAAUUCUGUUGCAUUAUGCUAAAGUGAACAGACAUGUUUGAACACUCUAUGCAGCCAUCACAAACCUAAUCCAUACUUGCUGCUCUAGUUCUCUCUAACGGGUAGGAACAUAUUGCCUUCCUGUUUAUAUUAUAUAUCAUAUUGCCACAGCCCAUGCUCGUUUGGAUUAAUGAGGAGUUGGCUCAUUUUAGAUCGCUAUUUGUGGUGACAGCAGUUUUGGCUACCAACUAAAUAUAGAUUGCCUACCCAAACCUCUACAUGUGUGCUUUUGACUUCAUGCAUUAAUGGCGGCUCUUUUCCUUCUAGAUUAUUUAUUCUUUUUCAGGACCAGACAAUCAGUUGCAAGUCAUAAAGCUUUGUAUUAACAGAUUAGCCAAAACCAGGUCAUUGCGUCAAAGAAAUGUUUAAAAUGUACAAAAUCAAUAACUCCUUUGCUGAAAAACCAGAUGAUAUGCUUGCUCCCCUCUCAGAUCUGAGUCUCAGGAUGUUUUUCGAGAGUUUUGGUCAAGCUUGCAAAUCAGAGAUAAAAAAGUUCAGAGCUAUGGGUUUCAUUUUCCAUUUAAAAUGCAGGGAUUCCACAAUUUACCUUCUUGACUAAAUGAAUGAAACUGCAGCCAGUUUUCCAGACCUAAAUUAAGCCUGUCGCUGUUGUGAUCAUGCUGUCGUUGUUUUUUCCCCUUCUAUAAAGAGGCCAGGAAACCGGGGUCUCAGCUGGAUGACUUAAUUACUGAAUUUUACACAGUGGCCCUCAACUAUGUUACAGUGACCCCUGCUGGUCUGCAUUUGUUUUUCUUUUUCUUUUUUCUUUUUUUAAUAAACACUGGACCUUUUUUCAAAUUUGUCUUAAGCUUGAUUGAAUAUUUAAGUCAUGUCUAUGGCCUGCCAGUCAACUAGAAAUAUAUUUUUUCUGUGACUGUUCAGACACUGUUCUCCUGUUAAAGACACUUAGGCCUAGUAAUUUCCUUGGGUGGGCUGACUAUAUCCGCUCCAUAAAUAUUAUGUUACUCAUUCUGCCUCAUUGGUUGCUUGCUGAAAUCAAGCUUGUCAUGUAGUGUUUAUGUAGCGUCACGAUUUGUAGUGUUUAAUAUUACGUUGUCCAUCCAGCUAUGAGGAAUGAGGGCUAAGGGUGUGUGAUUUGUAUCGUCUGUCUGCUAAUAGCAAGACAAGCACACCGUUUAACAGCCUGAUGUAGUGUUUGGUGGGAGGAACAAAGUGUUUACAUGAGUUCAUGAACAGUACAAAAAGCUUGUAUUUAUAAACUACGAUAUAUUUUUUUUUUCCCAUGACAAAGGUAGAUUAUGCAAGUUUUUAUACACUGGUAUUUACUGUAAUCCUGUGAGUUCUCAAACUCUUCAGGCCGUUGUUGUUGCUCUUGCAUCUGUGCAUAGCAUUGAAGAAAACAAACUCUUGUCUUACGUUAUUCACAACUGUGUUUAUGUAUUAGAAAUUCUUUUUAAAAGCGAUUUAGUUUCUUUUGUUAUUGCCUUUUUAAAAUAAUUCUUUAUUUCAUCAUAAGAUAUUUGAAUGUUAAUAUGAUGCCUUAAAUGUGGCUUUAGUUGUGCAUGUGUAUAUUUGUGUAUUUAUGUUGAUGUGUGUGUGUAUGAAUAGGCUGAGGAGCAUCAUCAUGAAAAUCCAGUUCUAAAAAUGAAAUUGUUGCUCAUGAUGAAAUCAUGAUUAUGUUUGUAUUUAAAAAAUAAAUAAUAAUAAUUCUAUAUGGAAUUUUUGAAAAUUCCCACAAAAUUAUUUUUUUUCCCACAAAUAUUUUUAGAGCAGUCAAAUGACUUUUUUUGCCACAUUUAUAUGGUGAUUAUUUUCUGUCAACGCCUCUUACCAAAAAACACAUUGUGAACUACACAAACUUUAUUACCAAAAUGUGCCUGUUAAUUCUGAUUGUUAAUCGUUGUCUGUCUUUUGUAAUUGAAUAUAUGCACAUUUAUUUUGUCAUGUUUCUGCCUAUUUUGAAUUUGAUUAUUGUAAUAAAUGGAAUAAACUGA